GGGAGUUUUGCACUAGUGAGACUUCAGAGCCUCACACCCAUGAUGAUAUACGAAGAACGUACGCUCACCAUCCCUCACCCUCCAGAAAUACCCGAGAUAUGUGGAGGGAGAAACCCGGCGUUUCACCAGCUAUUUGCAUUGUCUCGUACUGGGCCAAGUCAUUGUGGCAUGUGGCCAAGUGAUUUUGCUGGAGACUUGUUUGGGCUGGUCUUUCCAGGCCCGGCCCGCCCUCGGAGACACCGGCGGAGACGCCGGGGACGCCGUCAUUCGCCGGACCGCCGCUGUUUGGCUUGAAAGCUCCGCGGACCGCCGCGGCGGGCGGAGGUGACGAGAGGUUUCCACGUAUGACUGUGAGAUCUAGUUUUCCAUGGCAGGGAUGCUGCGUGUCUCUGAUCCUCGUCGCGUUGAUUGGGAACAUCGAAGCGGGCCGCGAGUCACCGGCGGAGGAGCUCUUCCACUCGGGUUAUGAAGCGGUCCACGUGACUAGGCUGCACAGAUACGAGCACGAGGGCAUGGCCUCUUUUUUUGGAGGCUGAAGCUCGGUGGAGCGCCCAUGAGGAGAUCGGCUCUACCCUCUUGUCGAGGGCAAGACCAAGGCAGAAACUCGAGAGACGCCCGCAGGGCUUCGUGCGAGUCUCGAAGCUUCAGGAGGCAGCGCUGAAAGCUCAUCAGGCGGCCUUCUUGGAGGUGACGUUCAACAGCUCCGUGUCUGCCACUGCUGGCAGGUUCAGGAGCAGUGAUGCUUUGCUCAGGUAUCACUCACUCACGGUGCCCGAUGAGACGCACCCGGCAGAAACCCGGCUCACGAGCUUGGAAAGCCAGUACAUUGGUCAAAUUGGAGUUGGUUCGGUCCUCUCACCUCGCGGCUGCCAGCCCAGCGAGUCUUUAAUCUACUUGGGGCCAGCGGACUAUCAGGCUGCCAGCGAGGAGCAGAAGAAGGCCUGCCAUGUCAAAGAUGAGUCCUUGGUGUGGGUGGUUUUCGACACAGGCAGUACCAACAUUUGGGUCUCCUCCGUUCUUUGUCAAGAGGGCCCCUGUGCUUCCUCCAGCCGCAACCGUUACAACCGCUCGAACUCGCGGACAUAUUCGCCGGCCGCCAAAAGUGGACUUCUGCAGAUCGAGUUUGGGACGGGGCGCAUCACUGGCCCUGAGGCCGUGGAUGACUUUCAUAUUGGCCCCUUCUCCGUGUACAAUCAGACCUUCGGUAUGAUACAGACAGAAGAAGGUCGGGUCUUCGAGGAGAUCCCGGUGGAGGGUAUCCUGGGCUUGGCCUUCCCGGCCAUGGCAGCCAAUGGUAUCCGACCCUUUGUGGACGGAAUUAUCCAGAACAAGGCCAUCGGCCGGAACGAGUUCGCCUUUUACUUCAGCCACGCGUUUCAGCCACGGGGAGGGCCUUGCCCUGAAUUUGGCACCUUCCAGCCGGAAGGUGCAGGAAGGUGGAUGAGUGGUCGUCAGGGCCGAAGAAUCCUUGAGUGCAGGGGUCCGGAUGAUGUAGCGGGGAACGCCAUCUUUUGGGGUGGAGUGGAUCGGGCGUUCUACUCCGGGGACAUCGAGUAUUUCCCUGUGGUGGAGCCCUAUUACUGGGCGGUGCAGUUGAAGGAUUUCAAGAUUGGCCAGGACUCCUUGCUGCAUCUCCUUUUGCCGGAGGAGGAGCAGACCGGUCUGGAGCACCUGAGCCACCGAAGUCAAAAGCAAGCGCGAGGCGAGCAGACGACAUUUAAGGCCAUCGUGGACACCGGCACGACCUUCUUCACGGCGCAGGGCCGUCUCUUCAAGGAAGUGAUGAACCGCCUGACUGCAGCUCCAUGCUCCAGUCUAACGGAGCAGAGCCAUCCUGACAUCACCUACACCUUGGUGAACACAGCGGGAGAAGCCCGUGACUUUGUCCUCACCAACAAGCAGUACAUGCUUCAUGGUGGGGAAGGAGAGGACGUGGAAUGCACCCCUGCCUUCAUGAUGAUUCAAGUUCCAGCGGCCCAUGGCCCUGGCAUGGUCUUGGGUGAGGUCUUCCUGCGUAUCUACUUCGCUGUGUUUGACAGAGGGAGCGGUGCUGUGCAGGAGGCACGACUUGGCCUGGCACCAGCCAUGCACGACACCAGCGCCAAGUCACGACUCAAGGGCUUGACCGCCCACCAGCCGGUCUAUCAUCGACCGACGACGUCCUGAAGCUGCUGGAGCAGGCCACUGUCAGGUGAGCGACAGCGACUUGAUCCGCCAUAAAGGUUUGCCCAUUCCAGCGGAGCCUUGCACUUGGUCCCUUUGUUCAAUGGGAAACGCAACAAUAAAGAAUCAUCCAAUAGCACAAACUACUCGCCUGAGGGAACCUCGCCUGAUGGAACUUGGGCAUUGGCUCAUGUUGGCUCAGCAAAAACGUUCAAGCAGCUUUGCAAAGACGGUGUUGGCAGCAUGUUGGAGAAACUGACACUGCUGGUGAGGGCACAGGGGCUUCGACAAGACUCCUCUCCUG